GACUCUGAGGUCUAAGUCAGCCAGUGAAGCUGCUGUUUCCUCCUUCUCCCUGCUGGAAGUGCUCUUUGCAGGGUGGAACUGCAAUAAUGAUGACAAUGACGAGUGCAGCUUCAGUAGGAACAGUCUUAUCUCAGAAAAGCCAGCUGACUUGCAGGCAUUACCGGCUCUGAUAGCUGUGAAGGAAUUUUUCUACAAACCAUUCAUAUCCUUUCUUUAGUCUGGUGUUGGCUGUUUGUUGUCUUCAUCCUCCAGUUUCAGUCUUGGCAGCUGUGCCAGAUAAAAUAAAGUGACACACCUUUUCUGAGAUUAAUAACUGUCAGUGGAACUUCUUUGACCCGCAUCCAUGCCCUUCCGUUCCUUGUGUGUUUAGAUUCAUUUUACUGAGGAGUUUCAACUCUCACUGCAUGCUGUUUGUAGAUACCCAGAUAGCCUGCAGAUGUGGGCCACUUCUGGCAGAGACCUGGCACUGGAGGCCUACUUGGGAGCCAAAAGUGGCCCAUAUUGCAAAAGCUUUAGUAAUCUGCAGCCGGUAGUCAAAAAAGCAUAAGCACAUGCUUGCUUCCACUUCCUGAACCUGGUGGCCUCUUGUAGACAGUCUUGUGGAAGCCCCACCCAACAGGGCAGUGUUUUUGAGUGGGGCUCAUUUCUGGAAGUUGAGGUUUGAAGAUGCAGCUCUCUAAUGGCAGUAAACAGGCUGGAUUCUGGCAUCCACAUCUCCUGGGCCAGCACUUCAUGAGGUCAGUCAUGCAGUCCUGCAGUUCUGCUCUCUGUUUCCUGAUUUUACUGACCACUACAUUCAGUACAGGCUCUGAAUCAGCUGUUACUCCAGUGAAGGUGAAGCUUCAUGACUCUGCUACUCUGCCCUGCUCUGAGAGAUGCUCUGGUUUAGCGAGAUGGACUGUGUUCCACAAACGCAGUGACACUCUGGCUGAGUGUGAUCAGACCUCAUGUAGAUCAGUGAAGGAGGGAUAUCAGAUGAUCCAUGAUCAGUACCUGAAGGGGAAUCUCUCUCUCACCAUCACUGACGCUGAUUUCACUAAGAGAGCUCGCUACACGUGUGACUGUGAUGAUAAAGAUCUGUGUGAUGUGCAUCUUCAGAUUGAGCCCUUGAAAACUCCAGUUCAGAAAAAAAACGGUGAAUCUCUGCUGCUGAAGUUGGACGUAUCAGAUCCAGUGGCCGUGAUUUAUAACAGCACAGGUGCAGCUAUUCGAUACAGUGGUCAGAUCUGUACAGUGAAAGGACGCUCUACACAGUGUAAAGAUGAAUACACACAGAGAGCGUCUCUAACGUCUGCUCUAGAGCUCAGAGGAGUGACUCCGUCUGAUAGUGGAGAUUAUACUGUAAUGGACACCAUUAAUAACGAGGCUAUUCACACCUACACUUUGACCAUCAAAGGUGGUGCUGGUUCUGAAGCUCAGGAUCAGAUCUAUAAGUUCCCUAGAAUCCGCCGCAGUGCUCCAUCUGAUGGUGAGCUGUGCAGGUGCAGAGAUCAGGGAGCUGCUCUGCCUGGAUGGAUCGUUCCUGUGCUGAGUGCGCUGGUGGCUGUGCUGCUCGCUGUGUGUGCUGCAUCAGUGGGUAUGAAUGUUUGGCAGAGGAGAGAAAUUCGGCAGCUCCAGAUGAAACCUGAAGGGAGCCAGUCUCUGUAUCUGUAAUCUGUAUGUCUAUAAUGUCACUACCUGAAUCUGAAAUAAAGAGCCUUUACUU